AACUCUCUCUCCCUCCCUCGAUAGAAACUCUACUCUGUCCCUGCCCUGACCUCGACUUCCAACCUCGACGCCGGGCUUCUUGUCGCACUCGCGAACCCUUGACAACUCAAAUCGCUCGUCGGAACCUUAUCCAGGCGCUCCCCGACUUUUGUCACUGCGGCUCCCUUACCAGAAUCACCGAGCCAUAGCCCCGGGCCUUUGAGCUUCCCACACGGCCCUUGACACUUCACACCCUUUUACCCCUGAUUCGACACGUCCGGUUUUUAUUUUUAUUUUCGUCUUUUGUACUUACCUACUUUCGCCCCUCGGAAACCACGUCACUUUCGUUUUCCACCUCUCGACAACCAUUCUUUCGUUUCGAACCUCCCCGAUUCUUGCGAUCCGUCCGACACGAGAGGCUUUGUUUGUUCAAUGACUUCGUAGCCGCCAAUCGAGCCUUUCCGAGUCAACACUCUUUUGCACACGCACAUACCCACCCAUACACCGACACACACACUUUACAAUGCUCACUCCGAGGAGAGCCGUCGCCGUCGCGGCGUUCCUCCUAGUCGUCUUCUACCUGAUAUCCUCCUCCCACGAAUCGCCCGCCGUCGCAAAAGCACCCGUCGCAGCCUCGAACCAUGACACGACAGACGCCAAAAAGUCGUUCUCGAGCGCACCGGCCUCGACUGAUGGUGACAUCAAGCCCUCAGCCCCCAAGGUUGCGACGCCGAAGCAGAAGCCCAUGAUGGACAUGUCCAAGAUGUCACUGUAUGACAAGCUGGCAUAUCAAUACCCCUACGACCCCGAGACGCGCUUCCCGGCCUACAUCUGGCAGACGUGGAAGUGGACGCCCGCCGACGAGGAGUUCAACUUCCGCGAGCAGGAAGCCAGCUGGAGCGAGCAGCACCCCGGCUUCGUCCACGAGGUCAUCACCGACAAGGUCGCGGUCAACCUGCUGCGCCUGCUGUACGCGUCCGUCCCCGAGGUCCUCAAGGCGUACGACGCGCUGCCCCUGGCCGUCCUCAAGGCCGACUUCUUCCGGUACCUGGUCUUGCUCGCGCGCGGCGGCAUCUACUCGGACAUUGACACCUUUGCCAUCCGCUCCGCCCUCGAGUGGAUCCCCGAGCGCAUCCCGCGAGAGAGCGUCGGCCUCGUCAUUGGCAUCGAGGCCGACCCCGACCGGCCCGACUGGAAGGACUGGUACAGCCGCCGCAUUCAGUUCUGCCAGUGGACGAUCCAGUCGAAGCCUGGCCACCCGGUCCUGCGCGAGAUUGUCGUCCGCAUCACGGAGGAGGCUCUGAAGCGGAAGAAGGCGGGCGAGUUGGACAACAUUAUCGACAAGAACGUGGUCGAAUUCACGGGCCCCGCCGUCUGGACGGAUACCAUUUUCGACUACUUCAACGACCCCCGGUUCUUUGACAUGAAGAAUUCCAAGGGCCCCAUCGACUGGAAGAACUUUACGGGCAUGGAGACGUCCAAGAAGGUGGGCGACGUCGUGGUGCUUCCCAUCACCAGCUUCAGCCCCGGCGUGCAACAAAUGGGGGCCAAGGACUACGACGACCCCAUGGCUUUUGUCAAGCACGACUUUGAAGGUACCUGGAAGCCGGAAGAGCUCCGCCACAUUGGCGAGCAAAACGAGGAGUCGUAAGACGUCUCGCCGACGCACGAUGAUGACGACACAUUUUCUCAUUCAGCAUAUGUCUUUUUAAUACCUGCAUCUCGAGCGGCGCCCUCGCCCACAGGUCACGGGCUGGGCAUAUUUCAAAAAUAGGGGUUCGACUUGUUCGAGUUGUCUUUGUUUGAUACUCGUGGGAGGAAGCACGAAAUGAACUUGCAUACCCCCGGGACAACGGGAACACCAUAGAGCUUGUUUUUUUCUUUUCUUUUCUUUUUCUCGGCAUAGAUUUCAGUUACAUUAUUCUCGUCAAUUGGCACGAAAGGAGAAGAAGAGAGCCUUUGCCGCAAAGGACUGUAGAGCCAGAGGCGCGAGGCCGGCCUGAAGAUGUGGAUGGUCUUGGG